UACAGGGACGUGAGUGUGUGCUUGUGUAUCGUAUACUUUUGAUAAUAACAGUGCGAAAUCACUAUCGUAAUGUUUGCGUUAAUGGGAGAGUUGAAUCUCUGGACUUUCGACGAUAAUGUAAACAUAAAAGAUACGGAUUUCGGUGGAUUCAAAUAUCAUGACAAACGGAUCAGUGGCACGUAUCAAGAAGGCAAGAGAUCCUAUUGUGAAAAGCGCGAUAUGAUUUAUGUGCCAGUUAACAAGAAGGGAAACAGAUUAAAGGAUUAUAUGAAGUACUUGGAGGAUCAGCUCAAAGACAAUUCUAUAAUUUAUUGUCAAUGGUACAGUGACCGGAUUGCACAAAUAAUGUUUAACAAUGGUUUAUUGGUGCACAUACAAAUUUAUCCCUUCAGUGGUGACAUAGAGAAAAUUAAUUUUGACAAAUAUCUCGUGGGAAAAUUGUCGGAACAUGCAUCAGAUGUGAUAAUUACUAAAAGUCACAUAGUUUGUACAUACAAUGAUAAUGAAGUCACAGUAGUAUAUUUGACAAAACCAAAAAGUCAUGUGUUCGACAGUAUUAGUAAGUUGGAACCCAAAUUGAUCACAACAGAUGUGUUUGUACCCAAUGGACGUAAGUUGGAUAAGAAAGUUCAAGUGAACAAGUCAGAAGAUCUGAUAUUAAUUUGGUGGAAAUCCACAAUGAAUGAAGUUUAUCCGUGGAGUCCUGCUAUGAGAGAAUAUCAUCGUGCAAAUAUGCAUCUCUUUCGCCUCACAGGAACGAAAUUAGAAUCGUUGUGUUACAUACGCACUGAGUUUGAUCCCUUGUGUAUUACGUUUGAUGCAUGCGAUGACAAUAUUAUUCAUUCAGUAGAACAGAAAGUUUCGAGAAAGGGAGAAGUCACCGUAGAAUGGCGUACUUACGAGGUCUCCCAGCAGAACAAAUUACAGAGAAUCGCCGUGAUUUCCGUGCCGUUACCGACGCACACAAGUUGCGUGAAAUUUUCGCCCAACCAGGAAUUAUUGUUACUGUGUUGCAUCGACGGCACCAUCACGAUGUACGAUCCGACGAAGGCGAUGACCACGAGCGCCAGAGCAGCCUUCAUACCCACUUUAGCCGCUUGGCACAGCGACGGCAUGAUAUUCGUGCUGGGCAAUGACAGAGGCCAGCUGCAACAUUUCAACAUCGCUCUGCAGUGCAUCAAAAGCCAGACGCUGAGCGACGAAGCGACUCCCGCCAACAUUCUCGACCUGUCGCCGUAUUUCAGGAAUCAGCCUGCUUUGAUACAUAUGGAAUGGAACAAGAAGAACGACCCGAAUUACGUCGGCUUCUACAACAAUGGAAAUUCUUUGUUCCUGUUGCUGUUCGAACGAGGACCGAUCGGCGUCCUCAAAGUGAUCGAAGGCGACAGUCUCACCGGCGAUGAACUAGUCCGAAGAUACUUGUCCGGAUGUCAAAUAAAACAGGCGACUUACUUGCUGCUGUCGAUGAACUGGGAUACGCAUCCACGCGCGUGCAUGCACUCACUUAAUCAAAUCUUAAAUUAUUUAUUCAAGUUACCAUUAACAACGAACCACGACGGUCUGAUACAAAACGCGCUGGGCAGUUUCCACGUGCCUGCUAGACCAAUAAGCCAAGCUGUCGAGGAGGAGUAUGGGAACGAGGUGCGAGACUUGACGAGGCGAUAUUUCCAUCGUUUACUGAGAUGCAGGAUGUUUGAGAAGGCUUUCCGGCUGGCGAUCGAUCUGAACGAUCACGAUCUUUUCAUGGACAUACAUUUCUCAGCCGUGGCAUUGAACGAUAUGGAACUGGCGAUUGCUGCCAAGGAGAGAGCCGAGAACAUUUUAAGCAGAUCGAACAGCCGUCGAAGCUCGCAUUCGACGUGCUCAAGAGCAUCGUGUUCCUUAUGCUCUGAUUCGAGCGACGAGAAGGACGAGGAGGAGGAGGAAGAAGAGGAAACGUAUAGCGAAGAGAGCGGGGAUUCUCGAAAGCAAGAACGGGCAGGAUUGAAACAAUCAAAGAGACACAAUUACAGAAAAGUCGGCAGCAAUCAAAUUCCACCUUUACCUAUUGUUAAUCCUCAUCGCGAUCUGGAGAAUAGUCUCCCCGCACCCUACACCGACAUCCCGUCCAGCAACAAGAGCGACUACAACCUGAUGCCUGCGUCCUUCGAUGCUCCCAGCAGUGGCAUCUUAACGACAGCUGCGUUCAAUCACUCGUCGCCGAUGUCGAUUUCGAGUUCGUUUCUCGCGUCGACUUCCUUCAACAAGCCAUUGUAUAAGACACAUUCGAACUUUUCCAGCAGCGCCAACACUACAAACAUUAUCGACAGCUCUUCGGCCUUCAACAAUGCGUCAGACGACUUGAUGACUACGUCGUUCGGCAGUCUAUCUCUUACCGAGUCGGAGGUGACGGUCGACAAUCAGCCCGCCGAAACCUUCGGCGAGACUUCGUAUGAUAAGCCGUCGUUGCUCAACGAAAUACCGUAUUCCUUCAACGGCGCUUCUGCCAAUAUGGUGACUGCCUGCGCGCAAGGGGACAGCUUCGUCUCGACUGCGUUCAAUAAGCCUGUGUACGAGUCCGAAGACACUCGACCUGAAUAUCCAUCGAGUUCUUUGGACACCAUUGACAGUAACAUCAUGUCCACAUCGUUUAGCACUCGUGUCCCGAGUACUCUCAUUUCCCAUAAUAAUCCUUUUAACGUGCUCACGGCAAAUAGCAAAUCUGAGACGACUUGUCCCAUGUCGCGGAACGCGAAGUCUUCCUCUGAGUUGUCGGACAAUACGGCAUCGAGGACUCUCACGGAAGUUCUCACUACGAGCAAGUCGUCGUCCUCGUCGUCGUCGUCUAUUCUGUAUGGUACCUGCAACAAUCUGAUGUCUACUUCAUUCAACUAUCCUGAGGCCGACGUGGCGUCCAUAAACGACACGUAUAUCGACGCAUUCAACAGCGGUAACAAUCAAGCAGUUAAACUGCAACAUCCCAUAGCCGAGAAGAAAGAGACAGUAUUCAACAUUCCACCACCGCCACCAUCGCUGACGAGUUCUCGCACGAAUUACCUGCACGGUCUGCCAAGGAAAAAUUAUCCCUUGUCCAGGAGCAGUCCAGGUCUAACGAGCGAUAUCGACGACUCGGUUCACAAGUUUUCGUCGUACAAGACGCAUAUGCCGCUGUCGUCGCGCAUUCUGCAAAGGCAAAACUCCACGACCAACAUCCCGCAAAAUCAGAAAAUUCCUUCCAGAAUCUACAGAUACAACUACGACCUAGACUACGUGCCCUUUCACCACGGCGCCACUACCUGCGACGAUGCGGACUCGCAACGUUCGCCGCAAACAGUCGCAGCCGGCAGCAGGAAGUUCGAUCCCCUGCAAAAUUUACAGUCCAGCUACAGUGUACAACGUAGGCUGCUCGAGAGCAGGCAUCUGUCGAGAUCCUCGCAAAGCAACGUGAGCAUUAAUGCGAGUAAAGAGGUCAAGAUGUCUUGCAACGUGCCGCCUUUGCCGGUGAUUAACACAUCUAUGGCGAAGAUCUACGCCGCGUGUCCUUCAUUCAGUUGUAACACGCCAGUGAGCUCUAAUGAAAAACCUAAAGUGAAGUUCUCAGAUACCGUCACUCAUAUCUUGGUGCCUCCUAGUGCGGUACACAGGCAAAAGCGACCACCUGUACAAACGCAUUUGACAGAUCAUAAACGUGAAUUGGCUGAAAGUCUUCCACUGGGUCUGAGUAAUGAGGAUUACCUGAAAGAUCUCCCAUCGUUGUCUAAGGACGAUACGGACGAGAAAAUGAGGGAAUCUCCGAAAUCUGAUGACAGUACAAAGAUCAAAGUUGUACAUUUUGGUCUAUUAUAACACCAAGAUGUCAAGAGACACAAUAAGACUGCAUCGUAAAAUAGUUUGUACGGAUAUUUUUAUAACUCCUUUGCACAUAUUUUAUAAUCUCUGCAAGAUUAAUAAAAAAAGACAAGAAUUUCUUUUAACGAUUAA